AUGACCUCCCACGGAACCAGCGAUCAGGGUAAUUACGAAGUCUUCCGGGAAUGUCUCUCCAGCGCCAUUGUGCAGAGAUCGGAUGACCGCAGACCCAGCAGGACCCCGAAACGCAGAGCCCAGAAGUCCAAACGCAGCACUAGGAAAGACGCACAAGAUGCUAACCUGCAAUCCCUCUCCUACUCGUCCGUGCAGCACGACCCCGCCCUCGCAGACAAAUACACCCCGCCGCUCACCCGCACCACUCUCGAGUCCCUAACCGCCACCAUCCCCGUCUCCGUCUCCGACUCCCUCUCCGUUUACGGCCUGAUCCCGGACCCGGCUGACCUGCCCGAUUUCCUCAACCCCGUGCUCACAGAGUACGUGGGCAGCGUGACCGCCGCGCCGCCCGUGUGGGCGUCCACGCGCACCGACGCCUGCGAGAUCUGCGAGCGGGACUGGAUCCCGCUCUCGUACCAUCAUCUGAUCCCGCGCGGGGUGCAUGCGAAGGUGCUCAAGAAGGGGUGGCAUGAGGAGUGGAUGUUGAACAGUGUUGCGUGGCUGUGCCGGGCGUGUCAUAGCUUUGUGCAUCGGAUGGCGAGUAAUGAGGAGCUGGCGAGGGAGUACUAUACCGUUGAUCGGAUAUUGGAGAGGGAGGAUGUGCAGGAUUGGGCUAGGUGGGUGGGGAGAGUGCGCUGGAAGGCAAGAUGA